GUCCACAUUGCUUUGAUGUUUCAUCCCAGUCAAAUGACCAACAGUAACCUCUAAUGUAGCUAACCUACAAAAAUACACCGAGGGCAUUAUUGUCAUUCAAACCAUCCACCCCUUCUCUACUCGAAGCUCUCUCUGUCCUCAUUUCUGAACUCCAAGACACGAGCAGCAGCACCGUUUCUGCCUAAAAAGAAGGAGAGUAAUUUGGUGUAAAAAUGAUGGGCAAAAAGGUAAAAUGGAGCUGGAGCUCCGCUCUAAUCGGAGCGGCUUCGGCGGCGGCAGCGUCGGCGCUGAUUUCGGCAAAGCCGAAAGACCCGACUUUCCACGUGAUAUCAAUCAGCCUCACCUCAUUCAAGCUCAACCUGCCAGUCCUCGACGUCGAGCUCACCCUCAGCGUCCACGUCACCAACCCCAACAUCGUGCCCAUCCACUACUCCUCCACCACCAUGUCCAUCUUCUACGACGGCUCCCUGCUCGGCUCCGCCGAGGUCCAGGCCGGCUCCCAGGGUCCACAGUCUUGCCAGACGCUCCGCCUCCCGGCUCGGCUCGACGGCGUGCAGCUCGCUCACCACGCCGUCAAGUUCUUGGCUGACGUGGCGAGGCGCGAGAUGGUGCUGGACGCGGCUGUGGAUAUCGGUGGUACCGCGAAGGUGUUGUGGUGGCACCACAAGUUCAUGGUCCGCGUGGACAGUCGGGUCACCGUUGAUCCUGUUUUUCUUGAUGUGAUUGAUCAGGAAAGUACGGCUGAGAUGGAAGUCUCUCUUACUUGAAAAAGCUGAAACGCACGUUUUGUAUUAUAUGAGAAAAGAAUGGAACAUGAAUGAAUAAUAAUAUUUUUUUAA